UGCUUGGACACUUGGAGCAGCAGCCAAGUGGUUGCGGUAUUUCUAGUGCGUAGCGUAGGCGUAGUAUCGCCAUCAGCAGCGCUCAAAAUAAUACUGCGCGCUCGCUUAAUUUGUUUUCUAGCUUUUGUCAGCGAACCUUCGCCCUGAAAACCCCACCCACUCUUCCUCUCCGAUCCUCCUAGCGCCUCACUUGCUUCAUUCCAUUCCAUUCCAUUCCACUACCCAAUACCCAUCUCCCCGCCGGCCUUUCCCCUCCCGCGUGCCGAUCUGCCUCCGGAGGCUAGCUCGACCGGCCGAUCUAGCUCGCGCGCCGCCGCUUUCAGCUCGAUCAGCUGCCGCACGUCGUCCACCGACCCGCCGUCCUGUGAGCGCGAUCGACAGAUUACUAAGAUGGCUGGCGCGGGGUGUGCGACAGCCGUGCAGCGGCCGGCGGCGGCGGGGGCGCCGGCUGCUGUGGCAAGGACCGCGGUCGGGGCAGGCGGCGCGGUCGCCGACCCGCGCGCGGAGGCGCUGCGGUGCCCGCGCUGCGACUCGGCCAACACCAAGUUCUGCUACUACAACAACUACUCGCUGUCGCAGCCGCGCCACUUCUGCAAGGCGUGCAAGCGCUACUGGACGCGCGGGGGCACGCUCCGCAACGUCCCCGUCGGCGGGGGCUGCCGCAAGAACAAGCGCUCCUCCAGGAGCGGCGGCGGCGGGAGGAAUGGGUCCUCCUCCUCCUUCUCCUCCUCCUCGGCGGACUCGACGGCGCUGCCCCUCCCGCCGCCUCCGACGACGAUGGGGUCCCUGCCGUCGUCGCUGGGGCUGCCCGGGGGCGCGUCGCUCCUCCUCGGGUCCGCGCUCCCUGGCGGUGCCGGUGACCACCACCACCUCGGCCUUUUCCAGGCGGCCAUGCAGUCGGUGGUCUCCUCCGACGCGACCGCCUACGACGAGAUGCAGCAGCAACAGCAGACGCAGCUGGACCACCUGCUGGGCCUCGGAUACGGAGGAGGCGCCGGCGCGCAGAUCCAGCUCAAGCCGUGGAUGCAGGAGGCCGCCGGGGCAGGCGGCGCGCCCGGGAUCAUGGACAGCUUCUACGCGCCGCUGCUGUCCAGCUCCCUCGUGCCGGGGCUGGAGGAGCUGCACGUCAAGGCGGAGGCCGCCGGAGCCGGGGAUCACCAGCAGAAGCCGUCAUCAAGGGACCAGCAGAGCGCCAGCUGGGACUGGGAGCUGCCGACGCCGUCGUCGUCCAACGUCGACGCCAACGUCGUCACCGCGUCUGACGCGCUCAUGGCCGCCGCCGCCGCCGCGUCCAUGAACCCCGCUGUUAGUGUUAGCUCCACGCCCUCCACGGCACCAACCGCCCCCUCCUCGUUCUUAUACUGGGGCAACAGCGGCAUUGGCGGCGCUGCCGCGGCCUGGCCAGACCUCGCCAACUGCGGAUCCUCCAUUGCCACGCUCUUCUAGCCAAGCCGCGCCUGGCUGUCCUGCUGGCCUCGUUAACUUGGUUUUUUUGUACCU